UGUAAACAACUUCCAAGCACAACAAAUAUGGCAGAUUAAGUGCAGGAAGUGGGCUCAUUCAAACGACGUUGUAUAAAAAAUUGACUUUAGUGCACUAAGCAACCUUAUGUUGAUUGGAAACGCAUUUUAAAUAUUCAAAGUAUGGCAUUAUUAGUACCAUCCUGCUCAAAUUAUACCAGCAGUAACACUUUUUGCCUACCUAUUACAUUUGAAAAAGAACAAGAUAACUUUACUGUCCAUGAAGGAUGGAUAGCUGGUGCAUUUUUUCUUGGAUUAUUCCUUGGUGCUCUUUUAGUAGCUGUUCUCGCUAAGCCAUGCUUAACUGCGCUGGAUAAAAAAAGGCAACAAGAUGAAGAAAAACUUCUCGACAAUAAAGGAAAAUCUGAUCUUAUAAUCGUCAACAAAGCACAUGUCUGGAAUGAAGAGAAACAAAUAAAGUCUAAAGGAAAAAAAACAUUUAAAGUUAGUAGAUUCUGGAGGAAGAAAACUUCUUCAAGUUUAAAAGACCAUGAAACAGAUGAAGUAAAUGCUGAAGAAAUUGAUCCUGCUAUGUCUCGUGGCAUGGUAGAAGUAAUGCUACAAACAAGCAGUUCUGCCACAGAGGUAGAAAUGGCUGAUCAAGACAUGGCUGUUAUUAUCUCAAUGGAAAGAUCAAUGGAAGAAGAAAAAAAUACACUGAUGUUGAAAACCAUUGCAAGUUUGUUAAAAAAGAAAGAAGAAAAGAAAAGAGUCUCACCAAAUUUUGUAUCUAACUUUACUCGGAAAACUGAAGAAUCUAUGAAAGAUUUGACAAAAAUGAUAGAAAGAGAGAAAGAAGAAGCUGAGGAGAAACUUCGAAAUGAUCCAAAACUGAGCAAGGACAGCCAGACAUUAGAGAAUGAGAUGCAAAAGAUACAAAGUACUUAUAAUAAUAAGCAGAGCAAGCUGCAAAGAGAGUAUAGGAAUAAUAUAAGGCAGGAUCUUUUGAAAUCUUCGGGAAUGACUGAGGCAGAAAUUGAUGAGUUAAUUGAAAAGCUUAUGAACAAUAUGUCUAUUGUGGAAGAAAAAAUUGGCAUUGAAUUGGCCCGUCAGAAAAGAGCACUAGAUCAAAGGUUGGCAAAAAGAAGGAAAGAUGUUGAAUAUAUGGAGGAAGAAGAUAAACAAAAAGAAAAACUAAUUAGUUCAUGGGUUGAUACCCUAAAGAAGAUUAUAUUUACAUUCACUAACAAAGAAGAUAAUCUAGGAAAAGAAAUUAUUUCUGAUUAUACUAAGGACCUUAAUGCCAUUAAAAAUGAUUAUGAUAAAGAGCUGGAAAAAAGAAAAUUGGUGAAAUAUGAAGAAUUGCACAAAUUGAGAAUUAAUAGCUUCUAUAAACUGUUAAAAAACCAAGAAAGAGAAAAGGCUAUUUUGUUUAAAGGUGCUGAUAAACACAGAAGUAUAGCUGAUUUUAUAAUGGAAUUUCAUAACAUGUUGACUAAGCAUCACAAGGAACAAGAAAAAUUAUCUCUAGAACUGGAUCAAAAUGAGGUACAGGAACUACAAAAUCUUAAACAGGCACUUAACACAGAGGAAAUGAAGACCAUGGGCAAAGAAUUGGAGAAGAUAAUUCCAAGGCUGGAAAACUUGGCUCUUCUGAAUAAGGCUGAUCCAGAAAAAAUUAUUAAACUUCACAAGGCUAAGAUGUCAGAAUAUAAUGCAAAGAUGCAAAGAGAAAAACAAGCUGUUUUGGCUAGACUUCAGGAAAAACUUCAACAAAGACUUAAUGUGGCAGAUGAAAAUGAAGCCCAGAAUGAAAAAGAACAAGAGAUGUUGCAUGAAGAACAAAUAUCUGCUUUAAAUAAAGUUUUAGCUACUAAUAUGGAUUUAAAUGAAGAAGACAAAAAUAAGGUACUGAGAGAACAUGAAAGAAAUAUGAAAACUUUGUCAAAUGAGAUGCUCUUUAGCAGGCUGAGACAACAGAAAAGCCUAGAAAUCAAACUCAAUCAACGCAAAGUAAAACUUGAGGAGCUUAAAAAACAGCAGGAACAACUUAAACAAGAUAAAAGUGAAACAGAUGUAAAAGAAAGAAAAAAUCUGGCAACUAAAUUGGAACAAGAAAUAGCAGCAGAGGAAGAGGCCUUUGAAAAUGCCAGAAAGUCUGCUGUGGUUGAGCUAAGAAAACAACUAGCAAAGGAAACAGAAGAAGCUCUUAAAGUACAUGAUGAAGAAUUAGGACUUCUUAUAGCUCGUCUUCAAAUAGGUGAUGCAAGAAGGAAGGCAAUCCUAGAAAAGCAAGAUCAGACUCUAAAGAAAUUACAGGAGGAAAUGGAGAGAACCAUUGCAGCAGGUGAAGCCCCACCUUCUAGCUUAACAGACCAGAUCAUCCAACAACACAACAACCAAGUUUCUCUCUUAAAUGAACAACUUAAUCGCAAAAGAAAGCAGCAGGAAAGAAUGAUACAAGAGAAACUGAGUGCUAAAAAACAAGAAUUGGAAGAAAAUAUUGAAACUCAGCUAGAAGAAGAAGCCCAAGCAGAAUAUACAGUCAAACAGAAAAGAGGUGCAGGGUAUGCAAGUCUUGCACUAAUGCAGACAUUUUUAGAACAAAAGCAUGCAAAAGCUAUGCAAGAUCUUGAGGAAGAGAUGAUGACAGAGUUAGAAAAAUAUAAGCUUGAAAUCAACUCUUCACUGGAAGCUGAGCUGAAAAAGGAGCUAGAGGCCCAAAACAAAGACUUUCUACUCCAACUUGCUAAAAUUAGCAAAAUGCCCAAAAGAGAUUUACAAGAUGCCUUUUCAGCAACAAAGUCAGGUGAAGUAGACAGCCUUUCAGCUCAACGAUUGGCAAAAGAUAUUAGAAACACCAAAAACAAAAGUUUUGAUCUUGACAGCAAAGGUGGAAAUAAAAGCCAAACAAAAGAUGUCCUCCCAAAAUUGAAAUCAAAACCUGUUGUAAAAAAUGCCUUUAUUGAUGAGGAAGAAGACAGUGACGACUUUUAGAACUGAUCAACUUGAUUACAUAACUACAACCACUGACUGUGUGAACCAUAUUCAUUUUGUAACAUUGUCAAAAUAAACUUUCAUGAGUGCUAAUUUAAUUUACAAUUCACCACCACUAUCACUGUGUAAAUUAAGUCAGAUAAUCACUUCAUCAAGACAGACUUUCAUCAUAUUACACAGAUUAUGCACCAUUUUGAGCACAACACCAUGUGAUAUUAUACUUGUUUCCACUGAAUAAAUGAAUUUA